CUGUCUUUUUGUUAAAGCUUCUCGUUACCAAGCAGCACUUUGUAUGUGUGUCUUUUGUCGCUGCUUCUCUCUCCUGGGCGUGAACACUUUGUGUAACUGGUACAAACUGUAACUGUACAACAACUUCACUCUGUCCUGAUGGCUCCGUGUGGUUUGUUGGAUCCGCUGCCCUUGGUCAGUUUUGAAAGAAAAGCCCAGUUCUCUGCGAGUCGAGCUCUGAGCUUGGCCAGGAGUAAAUACUUUAAGCUCCCAGAGACGGAGAGCCGCCAGGUGGACGUGUGGAGCAUCAAACCGCCGGAUUUCUCCCUCAAACUCUACAGAUCUCUGUCGGUUCCUCGGAGGAAAGAGAGGAAGACUCUGACUGCUCCAGCAAAUCGACAGACAACGAGGACAAGUGGAAUAUUUCUGCCUGAUGUUUCACGUGAGUCUAACAAGAGGAACGACCGUGUGAAGUUCAUCACAUCUCACAGGCCUCGUGUCGCUCUGGAAUCUGAGCUGAAGUUCAUCACAUCACACAGGCCUCCGGACGCUCUGGAAUCUGAGUUGAAGUUCGUCAGGACGGGAAAGUUUCCGUCUGAACCGUACGUGAACCCCCGACCUCACAACUUCAGACCGCUCGAUGAAAACCUUCCAGACGUAGAUACCACAUAUGAGAGGGAUCCUGGGAACCUGAAUUUAAAAUUAAAGCAUUUGGACACAAUGUCGACCCCACGAUGUGACACUCGCUGCACUUUGAGGGACACCAGGAUGAAGAUGGACACAUUUAAACCUGCAGAGCCUCAGUGGGACAGGAGGCUCGUCUUCCCUCUGCCUCCCUGGCCUCCACGAUCUGCUUCCUACACUAGACAUCGGAGAAGAAGAGGAGCGUACAGCGCCUUCAUCGAUCGGGUCGAGGAGAAACUCUCAAGAUCCUGGAAACUUCCAUCAUGACUCUAUUUCCCACUGAUGCACCAGUUUGACCAGUGUCUCCUGAGUGUGUUUUUAUCAUCUUCUGUGUCCCUGCAUGAUUUGCAUUAAUUUCAAUACAAUUUAAAUGUAAUAAAAGACCUUAAAACAGAAUAUAAACCAUGAGAAGUUGUGUUAUUGUUUGGUUGUGAUCAUAAACUGGACAGAGUCAUGAAGUUCACCGACAUGAUGAAGACGAGCGGUCGAGGGACAGCUGCUGCCUCUGAACCCCAGGAAUUAGAAACAUGUGAAGCCUGCACAUGUUUGAAGCGUGUGUGUAAUCGAUGCACAUACGUGUUUAAUGAGUCAUUCCGUGACUCGGAGUUGAACUCAGGGACUAAAUAUAAAAUGAAAGAAAUGUCUGAGGCCGCCAUGUGUUGCACUUAUUUUUAACCACGUGUUUUUCUUUCAUACUCUCAACAACCUCAUUAUAUCUCCCAUCAGGGUUUUGUUUUAUCAUAAUUAAAGAUGUAUUUAUAUCUUCCUGGGUCUUUUGUUCUUCACUGUGAAGCAUGAACAGGAAAAACAAAUGAAGUAACAGGAAAGAGAGAAAAACUGAUUUGUAAACAAAGAGUUUUCUAUAGAAUUGUGUACCCGUCCUUUCAGGAUCUG